AUGUCGAGACAAAAAUCAAAAACAACCUCCGAAUUGCUCAGAACUAAAACAAAAUUAAGUGAUGGUGAUAAAAAGACUAACAAAAGAAACAUAACGAAUUUAAAUGAAAUUGAAUCUGUGUUAAACGAAUUAGAGAUAAACAAUGUAGCUUUGAAUGAAGAAGUGAGGAGAAUUUGCAAUUGUAUGGCUAGGAGGCAUCCGUUAUUUGAAAUUGCACCAAACUGUUUGAGCUGUGGUAAAAUAAUAUGUACAAAGGAAGGGCUACAGCCAUGUUCAUUUUGUGGAGCCGAUAUUAUUCCUACGAAAGAUAGAGAUGCCAUAAAAAGUAUAUUGGAAAAAGAGCGAAACGAGCUACUACACUCAAGUAACAAACAGCAAACCCCAAUUCAAUCCAUUAACAAACCUAGGAAAAAAAUCGUUGUCAAAAUGAAUCCUGGUGAGAAGUUUUGGGAAGCGCAAGAUAGAGCUUUUAAAUUAGCAGAACAAGAAAUCAAGAAUGAGGAAUUGGCAAAGUUAGAGCAGCAAGAACAGCAAGAGCAGGAACAUGUAAAAGCUUUGAAUAAGUCUAAGCUCGAUGAUAAUGAUUCAGAUUUGGUAAAAGCUCAAGAAAAACUUGAAACUUUGUUGAAUUAUCAGGAGACAGGGGAGGAAAGAACUCGAAUUAUUGACAAUGCAGCAGAUUUUGAAUUACCCACUCAAUCAAUUUGGCUAUCGCCGGAAGAAAGAGCUUUGAAUUUGAAGAAGCAACAAAGAAUGUUAAAAGAGAAUCAGAUACAACAAGAACGAAAUGCACGGGGUGAAAAACAUGUAGAAAUGGUCAUCAAAGAUGGGAAAGUUUCUUUGGUGGAAAGAGCUGUUCCCAAUAAAGUAAAAAGAUCCGAUGAAGAAGUAGGAGAGGUUGUGAAGAAGAAUAUGGAUAAACGAGACACAAAUAAUGAGCUGAUGUGGGAUUAUGAUGAAGAUAAAAAGAAAUGGAAAAAACUAAGAUAUUUUUCAAACAAGAACGAUGAAAACAACUUAACCCUGGAUCAAAAUAUCAAUGACAAAAUCACAAAGUCAAGAUUGCAAUUUGAUAAAAAUAAUGAUCCUAUGGAAUUGUUGGUAUCUAUGUUUUAA